CGGUUCGUGGUGAUGGAGACGGUCUGCGUGAUAGCGUACAUGCACCAGGCGUCGGUGCUCUACCGCGACCUCAAGCCCGAGAACCUGCUCAUCGACGAGCAAGGCCACAUCCGGCUCAUCGACAUGGGCCUCGCAGCGCGCGUGACAAAGAAGUCGCCCAAGCGCCGCUCGCGCGUCGGCACAGUUUCCUCACGGCGCCGCCCCCCCCAAAAAGAAAUCCGUGCGGCCCACCCGCCGCCUCUGUUUUGUUUCGCGGUAGGGACGGACUGCUACAUGGCCCCCGAGGUGCGGUGGGCCAAGGACCGGCGCGAGCAGUACGGAUUCUCCUGCGACUAA